AUGAACGCCAAGAUGGACUUCGCCGCCAUUGUCACCAAGAUCGUCGAGAAGGCCCGCCUUCAAAUUAAUGGAACGCACGACUUCAGAUUCUGAAGACGUGCGGCGACCGUGUUCAAGCCGACUUCGAUAAAUUGGUCUUCUACGUGAGUUUUGAACGAAGUUUCCAGAAUGAAAGUUUCUUUUCAGUUCGACCUAACGCACAAGAUGAGAGGCAAUAACUUCACGAGUACCGACGCCCGAUAUAUGAUCGUGAGAAUUCUUUUUUGAUUUAUAUUUUUUCAACCCAAGAACCGCCAAUUCCCGAAUCGUUUAGUAACAUUUCGAAGAUCUUUAUAGCUUUUAAUAGCCGCCCAAAUAACUUUAAUUUUAUCUAAAAGUUUCUUAGAAGUCUCUAAAUAUUCCGAAGGUUUUUCAAACAGAAAUUAGUUCAACUUUAAGACCAUUAAAAAUUUCAGAAGAAGUCAAAUAGUCUAUGAACCCACUUGAACUUCUUGAAGAAAUCUUCUCCAGAACAUCGCCCAGAAGAUCCUAACAAAGUUGGACGAUUUUUCAGGGGACGAGUAG